AUGGGCACAUUUGAUAUUCAAACCAAUAAUCAUAUGAGUACUAAUAGUGAAAAUACAACCAGUAGUGAUGGUCAAAAUGAAGAAAUUAGUUCCUUACGUGAUUACUUUAAAGAUAAGAUUCGUAUCUUAUCAUCGAUUGGACAAUUUUCGUAUAUUUUAAAAAUUCGACCUGAUCAAUAUGAUGUUUCAUUAACAUUACAAUUGGAUCAGUUUUAUCCUUCAAAAGCACCUGAAAUAAUAAUAACUGCACCACGGCUUGCUCCUGAUCAAAUUACACUGAUUCAACAAGUUCUUCAAUCUUAUUGUGAAACAUUACUCAAUAAACCAAUGAUUUUAUUAAUUUAUUCUCGUCUGCUUCAAUGGUUUGCUGAAAAUAAUAUUCAAACAUUAACAGAUCAUACAAAUUCACAUGUUUCUUCUACUCAACGCUCACGUAAAGAUAGUAAAGUAAAUAUCCCAUUGGUACCCGUACAAAAUGAUAAUAAAAAUAAUUAUAUUGAUGAGCAUGAUGGUGAACAUGUAAAAAAAACUUCUAUGAAAACAGCAGAAGAUGUUAUAUCACGUAUUGAAUGGGAUGAUCUUCUCGAUAAACGGUUUUUUCGUGUUGGAUAUAUUGAUCGCUUUCUUGGUUUACAAGAAAAAUCAUUUAAUGAUUUUGAUUUUAAAGUUGAUCUAUCAACAAUAAGUGAUCGACAUUCAAAUAUACUUGCUAUACCUAAGCAUCGAAUACAAUAUUUUAAAUAUAAUAAUGAAAUUGUUUGGGAUAAAGAAACACGAACUGAUGUAAUGUUUGGUUCAACUGGAAAUCAACAAACAAUAUAUGAUGUUAUUGAAAGACAUAAAAAACUCAUUGAAAAUAAUCAUUCAUCUCCAAUAUCUGAUAAUGAUACUGUCGAAGAUGUUGAUAUUAAUAUUCCUCCACCACGUUAUUUAACAUUAACAGAUGGUGCAUACAAACCAAAUUAUUAUCUUUCAAUACCUAUUAUAGAUCAAACUUUUAUUACUAACUAUACUGCCUAUCAAGAACAUUUACUUUCAUCCUAUCCAUCUCUUUUUUCUUCCCAUACAACUCCGUCGAAUCUUCAUUUAACAUUAUUAACUUUACGUAUUGAAACAUCAUCACAAAUCGAACAAUGCAUAACACUAUUAAAAUGUCUUCAAGAUGAAAUUCGUCAGCAUUGUUCAUAUCCUGAAGAUAUUUGUUUAGAAUUUAAUGAUAUAGAUACAUUUCAUGAUAAAAUCUUAUAUAUUAAAUGUAAAACAAAUCAACGAUUAGAAAAUUUACGUUCAUUAAUCGUUCAACGUUUUAGUGAAGAACAACAAAAACAAGAUAUUCAGAAUGUUUUGUUUGCUGGAAAUUAUUAUGAAUUUAUUCCACAUAUAACAUUACUUAAAUGUAAACGACAGUUUUCAUCGAUAUGCCCGAAUGAAACUAAAGAAAUUCAUUUUGGUAAACAAAAAAUUCAUUCUUUACAAUUAUCUUCCAUUGGUAAAAAUGAACAUGCAGAGCAAAAAAAUAAUUGUGUGUUUCAACUCGAUUUAAGUUAA